AUGAGCGUUGACGUGAUGGCCCCUGCGGCCGCGGGUGAGGAUCGCUUCCCUGCGCGCGAGCUGCGGUAUUGCGAGAUUUGCACGUUUCCCUAUGAGUAUUGUGAAUACGGCUCUUCUCUGUCGCGUUGCAAGGCGAAUUUAGAGGCUAAAGACCCGGCUUUGUUUGCCAAGCUGUACUCGGACGAGGCACUGGAGGAUAAGCUCAAGUCGCUCACAACCGAGCAGGCCGAGUCGCUAGAGCGAGAGAGUGCAAAGAAGGAACGGAAGGCCCAAGCAAAAGCGGAGAAGGAGCGUGCCCAGCUCGCUGCGUCCAAAGUCGUGCUGUCGCGUGUGUCGCGCACGAAGCGCAAGGUCAUUACGUCUAUUCAUGGCUUGCAUCAGUUUUCGCCUCCCUUGCCUGCGCUCAAGGUGAUUGCCAAGGGACUAAGCUCGCGUUUCGCUACCGGUGCCUCGGUGACGCAAAGCACACAGCACCCCGGUGUGGAUGAAAUUCAUAUUCAGGGCGAUGUCGUGGACGACCUAAAGACUAUGUUGAUCCAGCGUGCGAAGCCAUUUGACACGAUGCCAAGCGAAGCGGACGGUGGCCUGGUGGAGAAAAACAUUGUGAUUGACGACAAAGUCAAGUAA